GCAUUGUCCGCAGUUAGAUGGGUUUUCCGUGGAGGAUUUUACUAAGCCUUCUCUUGCUCAGCAGCCAGGUCUUAGCUGACCUCGCCAGCGAUGCCCAGAUGCUGGAGAAGUGCGUGCGAGAGCUGAGCACUCCGGAGACCAUUUCCGGUGAUCUGCAAAAGCUGGAGCGGUAUCCGUUGUGGACCAGGGAGGAGCUGCCCUGCCUGAUGCGAUGCCUGGCCAGUGAAAAGGGUUGGUUCGAUAUCGAGGCAAACCAGUGGAAACUCAAGCGACUCUCUGAGGAUCUGGGACCCGAUGUCUACAACUACUGUCGCUUCGAGUUGCGGCGCCAGGCCAGCGAUGGCUGCACCUUUGCCUACCGCGGAUUUCGGUGCCUCAAGCAGGCCGAGCUUCAUGCCGGCACUAGCCUGAGCACUCUGCUUCUUUGUGGUCGCCAACUGAAUGCCACAAAUGUGGAAUUGCUGCAGUACAGCAAACUGAGGUCCGAGGAACCGAUUCCGUGCCUCUUUCAGUGCUUUGCAGAUGCCAUGGGCUUGUAUAACCGGACGACCGGAGACUGGAGACUGUCCAACUGGCAGCAGGCCUUUGGGCCAACGCGAAACGGGGAUCAGCCCAGUGCUCCGGGUUACAGUGGCUGCCGGCUAAGUGAAACGCAGCGUAAACAGGCGGUUAACAAGUGUGCAUGGAUGUACCAGGAGUACAAGUGCUGGGAGCGUAUCAAUGGACAUGAUUUGGAGCCUCAAGGCCAAGAUGCCUUCUAACAUAAAUCUGUAUUAAUUAUUAAAAGUUACUAAGUUAUAUCAAGAAG